AUGAAAUGUAUACGCUUCACAUCGCUUUGGCCUUACCUUGAUGUCUCUUUUCAAAUAAAAUAUAAAUUAUACGGUGCUAUCCAUUUGAAUCCAACAUGUGAUGAUAUGGGCAAUUCUGCGAAAUAUUGGUAUUUAGCAACAUUAAUAUUGAGCCAUACAGUAGUUGAAGAACCUAGAACAAGAACUACAAAUGUAAAAUCGUUACAUAAAAUCAUCACAUUAGUGAAUUUAUUUCAAUUAGAAAAGUAUUGUGCAUAA